GGGGGUGAGGCUUAUGGGAGGAGUCCAAGGCAACGAGAAAUCUGAAAACAUGGCUGGAAAACCCAAACUGCACUACACUAAAGGAAGAGGUAAAAUGGAAUCUGUCCGAUGGCUGUUAGCAGCAGCUGGGGUUGAGUUUGAAGAAGAGUUUAUAGAAGCAAAGGAAGACUUGGAAAAGUUACGCAAGGAUGGAGCCCUGCUGUUUCAACAAGUGCCCAUGGUGGAAAUUGAUGGGAUGAAGAUGGUGCAGACCAGAGCCAUUCUCAGCUACAUAGCAGGGAAACACAACCUCUAUGGGCAGGACCUGAGGGAGAGAGCACUGAUUGAUAUGUACGUGGAAGGAACAACAGAUCUGAUGGGAAUGAUCAUGGCACUCCCUUUGCAACCGCCCGAGGCAAAGGAGAAGAAUUUUGCCUUAAUCAUCGAGAGGGCCACAACCAGAUACUUCCCAGUCUAUGAAAAGGUUUUAAAAGACCAUGGCCAGCAGUUUCUUGUUGGUAACCAAUUUAGCUGGGCGGAUGUCCAAUUGCUUGAGGCCAUUUUAAUGGCAGAAGAAUUCAAGCCUGAUAUACUCUCCCCAUUCCCUCAGUUACAGGCUUUUAAAGGAAGAAUAAGCAACAUCCCCACAAUUAAGAAAUUCUUGCAGCCUGGUAGCCAAAGGAAACCGCCAGCAGAUGACAAGUUCAUUGCACAGGUGAAGAAAAUAUUCAACAUGUAAUCACUAUGUAGUUACUAAAAAUCAUUGCACCUACAGUAUAGUAGCACAGCCAUACUUAAUAUAGCUGUAAACUUCACAUAACUCAAACAUUUUAUGGCCUGA